CUGGAGUCCUGGGAUGGAGUCCCGCCUCGGGCUCCCUGCAGGGAGUGUGCUUCUCCCUCCCUCUGCCUGUGUCUCUGCCUCGGUGUGCCACGAAUCAAAAAAUAAAAUCUUUAAAAAAAAAAAAAAAACAGUAAGUUGGGAGAGAAUGUUUAUGUUAAGUGGUUAACGCGGUGCCUGACACAGGGUAAGAGUCCGGCAGAAGACAGCUAUCAGUCGAUUCUAAGAACCCGAGGUGUUGCUGUCUGCUUUCACUCUCGCAACCAAAGGAAUUCCAAGGCUAACCUUUUCACCGAAAUAAGGGCGACCCGAACUCGCACUUUCGGCGACGACGCAAUUUGCCGUCUCCGGGCCACCGUCGCCGAGCAUGCGCACAGAGGCGUGGCGGGACGUACGUGUCAUGGCGAGCUCCAGCUGAAGGGUCUCCCGUCUGCGGAGGACGGCGUGUGGAUCGUGUCCUCGGGCUGACUUUCCAGACGACUUGAGACUGACUGAUCAAGAGUUAGGUGCUCAAGGGACUCCUUUCUGUAUCUCGGAGCUUCCGUGCUGGAGUGGAGCGUUGCACAUCGGAACGUUCAGAAAGGCAGCCCAGUUUCCUAAGAAGAUGCCUUCUGCAUCCUGUGACACACUAUUGGACGACAUAGAAGAUAUUGUGUCACAGGGAGAUUUAAAGCCACAAGAUAGGCAUUCCGCACGAAAGCACAUUGUUCCAAAGGCACGAAAACGAAAUACCCAAAAGUAUUUGCAAGAGGAAAACAGUCCACCAAGCGAUAGCACCAUUCCAGGCAUACAGAAAAUUUGGAUGCGAACAUGGGGUUGUUCUCAUAAUAAUUCAGAUGGAGAAUAUAUGGCUGGACAACUAGCUGCUUAUGGAUAUGAAAUUACAGGAAGCAUCUCCCCAGGUCACAAAGUGUUGACUACCAUAGUGAUAGAAGUCAUCUUGAAAUCAGAAAAUGCAUCAGAGGCAGAUUUAUGGCUCCUGAAUAGUUGUACUGUAAAAAAUCCAGCUGAAGACCACUUUAGAAACUCAAUUAAAAAAGCUCAAGAGGAGAACAAGAAAAUAGUGCUAGCUGGAUGUGUUCCUCAAGCCCAGCCUCGGCAGGACUACUUUAAGGGACUGAGUAUCAUAGGGGUUCAACAGAUAGAUCGAGUGGUAGAAGUUGUGGAGGAAACGAUUAAAGGUCAUUCCGUGAGGCUGCUGGGUCAGAAAAAGGCUAAUGGGAAGCGGCUGGGUGGAGCACGGUUGGAUCUGCCAAAGAUUAGGAAAAAUCCACUGAUAGAAAUCAUUUCCGUCAAUACUGGGUGUCUCAAUGCAUGUACCUACUGCAAAACUAAACAUGCCAGAGGAAAUUUGGCCAGUUACCCAAUUGAUGAACUAGUAGAAAGAGCCAAACAGUCUUUUCAAGAGGGUGUUUGUGAGAUAUGGUUGACCAGUGAAGACACAGGGGCUUAUGGCAGAGACAUUGGCACCAAUCUCCCUGCACUGCUGUGGAAACUGGUUGAAGUGAUUCCUGAGGGAGCAAUGCUAAGGCUUGGCAUGACAAAUCCACCCUAUAUUUUAGAGCAUCUGGAGGAAAUGGCAAAAAUCCUUAAUCAUCCCAGAGUCUACGCUUUUCUGCACAUACCAGUCCAAUCUGCCUCUGACACCGUACUCAUGGAAAUGAAAAGAGAAUACUGCGUGGCUGACUUCAAAAGAGUAGUGGAUUUUCUGAAAGAGAAAGUUCCCGGAAUAACCCUUGCUACAGAUAUUAUCUGUGGUUUUCCUGGAGAAACAGAUCAAGAUUUUCAAGAAACAGUGAAACUUGUGGAAGACUACAAAUUUCCAAGCCUCUUUAUUAACCAGUUUUAUCCCAGACCAGGAACUCCUGCAGCAAAAAUGGUACAAGUUCCAGCACAAGUGAAAAAGCAAAGAACGAAAGAUCUUUCUCGGGUAUUCCAUUCUUACAAUCCAUAUGAUCACAAGAUUGGCGAAAGGCAACAAGUGUUAGUGACAGAAGAAUCUUUUGAUUCCAAGUUUUAUGUGGCACACAAUCGAUUCUAUGAGCAGGUUUUAGUGCCAAAGAACCCCACAUUCAUGGGGAAAAUGAUCGAAGUGGACAUUUACGAAUCGGGCAAACAUUUUAUGAAAGGGCAGCCAGUAUCAGACACCAAAGUAUACACGCCUUCCAUCAGCAAACCAUUAGCAAAGGGAGAAGUCUCAGGUUUAACAGAGGGCUUCAGAAACAGGCCGACGAGUCACCUGAGCUCGGCUUGCCACCCUUCUGCUGCGGUGCGGCGGGACUCUGCUAGCUCCAGACUGGUGCUCCACUUGCAGAAACUCCAUCAAGACUGUGCACUGAGGGUGUCUGUGGGCCUGGCUCUAUUUGCUCUUCUUCUGGCUUUUUUGGUCAAAGUCUAUAAUUAAAACACAACUAAAUGAAGCAUUUGUGAAGAAGAAUAAAUUUCUAAGUAAAACCUGCAACGAACGGAAAAACAACCACGUCGGUUCUCCAAGAGCAGUAAUCUAUCCUGGUCUCACUGCCUCCCCUUCAGCCCUACUUUUUAAUGGGCUUCCUCUGUCUCACAUUGAGUUGGGCCAUCGGUUAUUUGACCUAAAACCUGCUAACUGUUGCCAUAGCAUAUCUUCUAAAUUAAGCUCCUUUUGGUUUAUUUGCAGCAAGAAAUGCAAGUGAUUGCAUUUUUCUUUCACUCUCCAGUCUUCAAGUCAGAACUUCAUUGUACCCCGGAUCCAGUCAUCUUUUCCUGAUGUGGGAAGAAUUUUGAGACUUCAAUAAACAUUAAAAAAAAAAAAAAAGUACCUUUUUCCUUAUGCUUUGUUUGGAGUCCCAGUGCUACCAACAUCUUAUUUCUCACAGCAGAUGCUUUCCUGGAAGGUUUAUAUAGAAACCUGUGUUUAAAACAAGAAUUAUCUUGGAAUGCACAGCGAGAGUCACCAGGUAAAGGACUCUCGGUGACAUUUUCUAGAAGCAUGAGGAAUCACCCACUUCUUUGGCACCCACAAACUUUCAAAAACUGGGUUUGUCUAAAACCAGCUGCGCCCCGUUUCUGACAGUUUUGAUCGAUGACACCAAUGUUUGUUUCUACCUGACACCCUUGGCCUUUACUAAAUAGAGUGACUUAUUUCACAACAGAAGGAAUCGAUGUACUAAGCCACCUUAGGAACAUCAGAAUUUAAAUGUUAUUGGGAUCAUCUAGGCACAGGGAAUUUGGGUGCCUUCUGGUUACCACAGGACAUUUCAUCGUUUAACCCACACUCCUGUUCAGCUCUUUUAUGUGUCUUUCAGGAAUCCAAAUUAAAAUGUAUUUGUGUCA